CCAAUGGCAGAGGAAUGAAAUCCAGAGAGUGCUUGCAGCCCGGCGACGGUUUCCGAAGUCGGUUUCCGGCGUGUAAUGCGGCGUGUGGGCUCGAUGGGUCGAGUUGAUUGUCGCUCAACAGUCACGUCUUAGCGAACGGAGGCGGGUGCGUGUCUCAGCAACCAACAGCCAUUGAGCAGCGAAACGGCAGACAGAAUGGGCGCUAUAGGUUGUCGAUGCGUAGGCGAGGUCUCUGCGGGGGGAGAGCAAGAUGCGCCCGGGCAGAAGAGAGUCGAGGGAGCGGUGUGGUGGUCCCAAGCAAAGAUAUUCAGGGUUUAGAGAUGGAUGGGGCAAGCGCGGAUCAACAAUCUCCUGAGCGGGCCACGCGAAUUGCACCUUUUCCUGCGUGCCAGCUGCGUGUCUGGGUGAAGGAUGGCACAGGCGUGUCCAAUUGCUCUCCCUGUAUUUCUGGACAGGUGUCGCGGGAGCUAGCAGUAUUCGCUGUAGCAAGAGCUGUGUCUGGAGCGCGCUACUUUCUGCCCACUUCAAAAAUGGGGCCUCGCCUAACCCGACUGCAGCAUGUGCGCUUGAGUGUAACGCGAACAAGGACAGGCAGUGUUGCAUCGAGCGAAAGGAGGUGGCAAGGCUGCGUGAAAGCUCAGCCUCGUCCCCGUCUGCCCCUAACACGGCCCCUGCACCCGUUAUCGUCGAAUUCCUGCGAGUGUCGGUUCGCCAAGAUAUCCGCCGACGAAGCUUGGUGCUCCGAAAAUCAAGGGUCCGGGCGUUUUACCCUCCCGACCUAUCAACGCGCCCACGCUCCCUGCAGCCCCAUAGUGCUACCCCGCCAUAGCCUGGCCUGAUAUGCAUGCAUAGCUAUUGGAUACGACAUGCAAUCAGAAUGGCGCGUCGAGCCUACCAUGAGAUGAGAGCCUUGAGAUUUGUUGGAAGCGUCGAAUCGCUGGAUCUCUGGUCGUUAUACUUUGGAUGCGGAAGGGACGUGUAAAAUGAU